AAUGGAGUAUUUGUAAAAGAGCUGCAGGGAAAAAAUGUAUUAUCGGAUGAAAGUGUAAUUAAGCAUUCGUUCAGAGUUCGGCGAAAUAAUAAGCGAAUGAUUUCUUGGACAUAUUUAGAUUAUAAUGAUUAGAUUUAAAUUUUAAUAACGAAUACUCGUUUGCACUUUCAUUUUAUCAAAUUUUACUAAAAUGGGACAAACAGUGAGACUUGGUUGGUCUAAACUGUUGGCCACACUGUUAUUAUGAACAAUUUAGCUAGAAAUUUCAUUUGAAAAAUGUAGCUCAUGUAUCUUCAGUCGUAACAAAUCGGACGAAAAGAUUAAAUCGAUCUAAUUCUUUGCAUGUAUGAACGACGUUGGAUGACCAAUAUCUGUGUAGUAUAAUCGUUUCCAUUUAUUUGAAUCUUCGUUUCAUUCGUUCGUUUGUAAUCGCACUAAAAGAGCAAGCUUUCUUGAAUUUGCAUACUGUUUCUUGUAGUCUGUUUUAGGUUUUUUCAGGCUAUGGAUUUGCAGAGGAACACAGCAGCUAGAUUAGUGGAUAUUUGCGCCUACAUAAAAUGUAACAACAGUCGACUUCGAGGAAAUCAUCUUUAUUGCUUUCCGAAAGAAAGCAAUCCGCUUCGUAAAGAAUGGAUUUUAAGAGUUGGCAAUCCAGCUCUACAAUAUUAUGCUAGCUCUACCAUAAGAAGAAUGGGUAUCUGUGCUGAACAUUUCUUACCCGAAAUGUUUAAACCAAACCGCACACAAAAUAUCAGCAGAAGGAAAAUGUUGAAAAUGGAUGCUGUACCUCAACCACCAAAAAAUAUAUUAGAAAAUGAAGAAGGAGGAAAAGGGGAAGAACAACAACGCGACUACCAACAACGACAACAGCAACAACAAAAUGCAAGAGAAGAAGAGGUAGCAGAAGAAGAAGAAGAAAAAGAAUUACGUGUUAAUAAACCAGUGUUGAAUUAUACAAGAGUGCCAUUUACGUUUUGUGACAAUGAGGAUGCAAUGCAAUGGCUAAUGAUUGAACCAGAAAUGACAAACUACAAAGUACAAAUUGAGAAUUCUCAAAAUAAAACAUUUUGUGAAAUGAAAUUGGAAAAUGAAUGUGUUCAGCUCAUGAAAGAGAAUAGAGAUUUAAAAGCACGAUUGAAAUAUCUGAAACGAAAAGUCAAACGAAUCAAAAACUCCAGAGAUCAUUUUUAUAACAAGUUGCGCAAAGUAGAAACUGUAGAUGAAUUUUUAGAUAGACAUGGGUGCAAAAGCAACGUCGUAAGGACUUUCAUUAAGUUGCAACUGAAAGGUGAAAAUUUGUCAUAUACAACCGAAGAACAAGAUUUAGCAAAAAUGAUAUUUUGCAAUUCUGCAUCAGUUUAUAAUAAGCUAAGGAUAAGUGGAUGUCAUUUACCAGCUGAGAGCACAAUACGGAGGUGGGUCUGAAUCUAUAAUUUAAAGAAAAAGAAAUGGAGAAAAGAUGGAAACAACCAUUAGCAUAUUUCUGAGUUUCACCAGAAACAGGAGAAAUGAAAAGUGAUCAAGUAAUUACAUUACUAAAAAUAUGCUUAACGCAAUUAAAAGAAAGCGGAGUACACGUAAAAAUUUUAACAUGUGAUCAAUACUCAACUAAUCAGAAAAUAUAUAGAAUUAGGAGUAUUGGGGAAGAAUUCAUUUUUCAUUUAUGAAUGUACAAUGUAUUAUGCAACCUUCGAUUUUCUUUAUCUAAUUAAACACUUGUGCAAUUAAGAAAUCAUAAAAAUACUAGGGGUAUGUUAGGAACGAAUUAUUGUAAUUGCUGGAUUGGUUGUUUAAGUUUUUCAUUUAUUGUAUCGUUUUUCAUUAUAUGAACACCAAAUUUUUGCGAAUACAUCUUUCAAAGUAUGUCA